CAUUUAACGCUGUUAGAUCAGGGAAACUAAUAGAAUGCUUCACAGGCUCGUCCAUAAUAUAGUCUCACACCACUUCUUUCAGUCUCCUGUCAACUGGCCCCAAACCCUAGCUCCGCCUCCACAAAAUGCCCACCACCACCACCAUCGCCACCUUCCUCCUCGUUCUAAUCCUCAGCAGCACCCUCAUAUCCACCACCACCUCCGCCCCAAUCCUAGGUCUAGACUCAUUCCUAUCCCAACAAUCCCGCCUUGACCCACAAGCCUCCAACGACUCCUUCCUCUCUCUCUCCUCCUCCCUCAAGAAAUCACUCUCUCUCUCCCUCCACCCACCCACCACUUCCUCCCUUCUCUCUCUCCAACUCUCCGUCCCCGUCACCGUCAAACUCGUCGGCUCCUCCUUCUCCUCCUCCUCAACCUCCCUUUUCUCUUCCUUCCUCAACGCCGCCGUCUCCUCCGAUAACUUCCACAUCAUCACCCCCUUUUCCCACCACCAUCACCACCUCGCUCUCACCCAUUCGCUUCACCUCGACGUUUCUCUUUCUUCCUCUUCUUUCUCCACCCACCUCUCCGAAACCCUCCGAUCCGAACUCUCCAAGACUCCCUCGUCCCUCCGCUCUCCUCUCCUUUCAGUCCCCUACUCCGCCAUCGACCAGAUCAUCAAACAGGAGUUCGAGAAAGAGAAACCCGUUCAAGGAAUUUACAUAUACUUGCUCAAUUUGGGUCCCCAAUCGAACCCCUAUGCGUACAAUUACGGUUUGGGAGAUCCUUCACCUGCUUUCACCAAGUGCUUGGGGAGUGUCUGGACCGGAAAAGAUCGCUAUUUGUGGAUUGAUUUGGCAGCUGGACCAGUGGAUUACGGGCCGGCUUUGUCCGGUGAUGGGGUGUUGCCGAGAGGUGAGUUUCAUCCGUUGACAGCAUUGCACGGUCGACCCAAGUCGCAGAAGGCAUUGCUGGCGGACUUGGCAUCGCUUGUUUGGAGUGCUUAUCAGGUACUUCUUGUUCCCUCUUUGAGAAUUCCUGUUCCAUUUGAGAAUUCAUUGAUUGUACAGUUUAUACAUAUACGGGAGUCGGAUACUAAGGACAUGAAUGGGUUGGACUGGAAAUCCAUUGAAAGAACUUUUAUGGAUGAGGUUAACGAUGGUGGCUUGUUGUUGGGUGAUCAGUCACUGAAUUUUAAGACUUAUGAGGUGCUUUAUGCUGAGUGCUCGAUGUGUUCAUUCGCCAUUUCGCGUGCAAUUACCUCGUACACUUCAAGGUACUUGUUUGAUAACUAUACCUUGAUUGUUAGUGAGUACUUGGAUUCGAAACGAUUGCAUCAGAUCUUGUCAGAAUCAGCUGAAGAGUUUAGGAGGUUGGCAGGGUUUCCAGAGGAGGAUUUGGCAAGGGUUCUUCCUGUUUAUGUUUUUGAUCUGGACUACAAUUCGAUAUUGUUGCUUGAUAGGUAUCACCAGUCCGUUGCGUUUAAAGACAUGGUUAUUGCAGUCCGGACAAAGAAUACGCAGACUGUGAGUGAUUAUAGCUGUAAUGGCCGCCAUGUGUUUACACAGACCCGGGAGCUUGAGAGACCACUAGUGGGUUCAAUUUUACAGAGUAUGUGGGGAGUAUCGCCUACCCAUUUGUUGUGGAGCUCUAGGCAUAAUAAUACUCUAGUGGAUUACACAUGGAGUGUUGGGCAGACCCCGUUUGGGCCUUUCUCGGAAAUUUCGUCCUUGUCCUUUGUGCAGAAGGACGCGGCUCGCAGGAAUGUUCUUUUGACAACAUUGAAUUACAGUAUUACUAGUGCCGUUGACGUUCUUGAAUCUAUAGCUGCACAUGGUGGAGACAGAAACCUUCUUAAGCAGAAUCAACAUACCGAAUUCGUACAGAGGUGGAAUUUGUUCAAGUACAAGCUGGACAAAGCGGUUUCUGCAUUGUCACAUUUGGAUUUUGAGAUGGCUUUAUAUUUUUCAAGGUCGUCUGAACACGAUCUGUAUGCCAUUCACUCUCUUGUUUAUCAUGCAUCCCAAGAAAUGGAGGCAUCACUUGUUUGUUUUAAGGAUCCUCCAUUUCCUUGGGCAUCAGUUUCUGGGUCUGCAUUAGUUCUCUUUGCUGUCUUUUAUGUUUAUGCAAAAAGAGACAAAUUGUUUAGGAACAAAAGAAAGCAGUUUUGAAGCUUUUCAAAGUGACAGAAUUUUACAACUGUUGAACGUGAUAGGAUACUUGUAUUUCUGUAACAGAGGUAAGUUGUGAGCUCAGUAACUAGUAUUCAGUUUGAUAAAAAAAUGUAAUGUUUUUGAACUAGCAAUUUGACUUGUCGCUUAUUUGUUUUCA